AUGGCUGUAAGCAGUCAUUCAAACACCUACGUUGUUGAGCAGGACAAAGCUCCAGAGGACAAACUUAACAUCGUCUACUGGCUCGUUGUUCUUGUCGGAUUCGGAGUCCUUCUUCCGUGGAACAUGUUCAUCACAAUAUCUCCAGAGUACUACGUCAACUACUGGUUCAAGCAGAACGGCGAGGAGACAUGGUAUUCCAAGGAGUUCAUGGGAUCGUUGACCAUUGCAUCGCAACUUCCAAACGCCACCAUCAAUGUGUUCAACCUAUUUCUUAUCCUUGCCGGACCCCUGAUCUACCGUGUCUUCGUUCCAGUUUGCUUUAACAUCUUCAACCUCUCAGUCAUUUUGAUUCUUGUAGUUCUUCUCGAACCGACAUUGGAAUGGAUGAAACCGUUCUUUUGGAUCACUCUUGGAAUCGCCACCUCGAUUAACUUCAGUAACGGCUUGUAUGAAAACUCAGUCUAUGGAGUGUUCGCCGACUUCCCACAUACCUACAUUGGAGCGUUGCUCAUUGGUAAUAACAUCUGUGGACUUCUCAUCACAUUCGUUAAGAUCGGAGUCACCUAUUUUUUGAACGAUAUGCCAAGACUCGUCGCAAUCGUCUACUUCAGUAUCUCGUUGGGCAUCCUUCUCGUCUGUGCCAUUGCUCUUUACUUCAUCACGAAACAAGACUUCUACCACUACUAUCAUCAGAAGGGAAUGCAAGUCCGCGAGAAAGCUGAAACUGACAAACCUUCACCGUCGAUUCUCUGGAUGACAUUCAGAAAUUGCUUUGGACAACUGUUCAACGUGUGGUUCUGCUUUGCUGUCACUCUUACAAUUUUUCCGGUCAUGAUGACCGUAAUCACUCGCGGAAAGUACGGCUUCUUGGAUAAGAUUAUCUCUGAAAACGACGAAAUCUACACGUUGCUGACCAGUUUCCUUGUCUUCAACUUGUUCGCCACUAUCGGAUCCAUUGUCGCCUCUAAGAUUCACUGGCCUACUCCAAGAUACCUCUUCGUGGCAAUCGUCGCUCGUGCAUUCUUUAUCCCGGUCUUCUUCUUCUGCAACUAUCGUGUCGAGACCCGUGCCUACCCAGUUCUUUUCGACAGCACCGACAUUUUUGUUGUUGCUGGAAUUCUCAUGUCUUUCUCUCACGGUUACCUGAGCGCAUUGGCUAUGGGAUACACUCCAAAUGUUGUUCCGUCCCACUACUCCCGAUUCGCUGCUCAACUCUCUGUUUGCACUCUUAUGGUUGGCCUUCUUACCGGUGGAUUGUGGGCUGUGCUCAUCGAGAAUAUGGUGGACAAGCCACAAAUCUUCUAA